AUGGGGAGCCUGGCGACGGUCGAGCAUUACGAUUCGAAAAACCAAGAUGAGCACACGUGUCACCAGAUCCAAAGCGCGCAGGAGGAUGGCGGCUCUACAGGAACCUCGCCCGGGGCAAGGAUAGUCGGAGACCCGGCCUACCCGAGCUCCGCGGCGGGCCCUGGAGCGGACCCGCGACGAGGACUCCGCACCAGAACCCGUGGUGAGCUCCGACAGCGACGUGGAGGUGGUCGGCGAUCCCGCCGUCGAAGAAAGAGAGUGGCGGCUCCGGAAAGCGGCGGCGGGCGAUCGGAUACCGCGCGGGACGACGGACGUCGGAGGAGAGGAACUCCCGAGGGGCCACGCCGAGGAUGUUUGUCGGGCCACCGAGGAGACUCGGAAACGGUUCCGGGACCGGGAACCGGCGGACGAGGAGCAGCAGCGGUCGACGGAGGAGGAGGCGUGAUGGCAGAUCCGGCUGCGGCAGGACCACGGGGCGGCGGCGGCGCGAUGGCAUGCCCGUCUACGAGAGGCGGAGGAAGAGGAGCGACGUACGCGGCCGAGGAGCCCAGUCCGAGGAGCGAGGAUGGGGACGAGCCAUGCGCGCUAUCCCCUCCGCGGUGGUUGCCGGAGGUGCCACCCACUCCCCGCUACGAGGGGGAGUGGCUCACGGAGGAAGCCCGAGACAGCGACGGAGGAUACCCGUUGGCCACGCCGCCGUGGAGGCCGGCGCGGCCACCCACGCCUCGAAACCCCGAGCCACAGCGACCGAAGGAGCCAACGCGAACGGAGGAAUCGACCGCGCAGCCGAUGCCACAACCGCAGGAGGAGGCAGUCCACCAGGCACAGGCGGAGGAGCCGUCGGUGGUGCGGACGGAGGUGCCGGCCGCGCACGUUAGCCACAGCACGCGGGCGUUCGUAGCCGAGGGCGUGCGAUGGCGACAGCAGACGCUGGUAUGGACAUGGCCCGAGGGUAUCGACGAAGGAGGAGCCCAGGAUAUGGGAGGAGGGGGUACCCAAGGUGAAUCCUCGGGAUCCCCGGACGAGAGGCCGGCAGGAUGCGUGGGUCCCGCCAACACCGAGCACGGGCCCGCCAACACCGGCGACGACGGCAACGUCGGGGGAGGUGGAAUCGCUGGAGAAGGGACCUUGGGUGUGGCCCGAGCCACCGGCAACCCAAAGACCUCCGUUGCAGCGCCAAACUACGACGCCCGGAUCGACGCGCCCGCGGCCGCAGUUCAUGCGGCAGGUAUCGGCGCCGGAGGGAUGCGGUUGGCGCGAGAUCGCCAGGAGCGAGAGGCCGGAGGGAAUAGAGGAGGCACCCGCGGUCGCGACGGCACGGCGGAAGGGCGGCAGGCGUUGCGUUCUGGUCAGCGAAGGCGGACGACGGUACCGG